GAAAGAAAGAAAGAAAAUGUGGUGGUGAGCGUCCCCGCUGCGUCUGCCACCACGCAUCCAUCCAUCCUUGAGUUUGGUCUGCUCACUGGUGUGGCUGUGGGUGUGGCGUCACGCAAGCCUACCAAAAAGCUAAACUUGGGGAUUUCCUCCUCUUCUCCUCUUCUGAACUUUCCUUCUCGCCCUCUACCUCCUCUGAAGCAAUCGACCGAGCAUCUCCUCCUCCUCCUCUUCUUCUUCUUCUUCUUCUUCUUCUUCUUCUUAAGCAGUGGUGCUCGCGCCAACUCUGCCGGCCGGCCGGACGCACGGGGAUUUGAUCUGAAAAAGCUUCCGAGACAGACCGGACAAGUCGAUCGAUCCAUCCAUCCUGAUCCUGGGGUUGUCCUGUCCAGUCGUGGUGAUCGAUCGAUCGAUCGGUCGAGCUCCAUGAUGAAUGUGCUCUCCAGCGGCAACCCCCAGAACCUUCGCAUAAUCCAUCACCACCAUCAACACGACAUUUUAUUAUGUCCACGGCGGAGCAGCUCGUCCCAGCUCGCACUCAUCGCAAAUCCUCCUAGCCGCACCAGGAGGCCAUCUUCCGGCUCCUUCCGCCGCGGCGCCGUCGUCCCGGUCAGGGCCGUCGCCGACGGCGGCGGCGAAUCCAGCAGCGGCAAAGACGACGACGACGACGACGACCAAGAGAAGAAGCGAAGAAAAGACGACGAGGAGGGGACGUCGUCGUCGUCGGCGUCGUCGAGGCGGAACCGGGAGGAGCUGGAGCGGCUGGUGGGGGCGCCGGGCGACGACGGCUUCAGCGGGCUCGACCUGGCCACGCUCAUCCGGAAGCGCUACGGGCGGAGCUACGACGUGACGCUCAUCCGCAAGGAGUUCAUGGGGCGGAACCUGCUGGCGAUGAACGUGAUGUGGAAGUACCGGGAGCAGCGCUCCUUCCCGCUGACGGAGGAGGAGUACCUGCUCCGCCUGGACGACGUGGCCAACACGCUCCGCUCCUGGGGCGCCGUCGCCCACGUCCGCAACUCCCUCGAGACCACCAAGGACCGCCCCCGCAUCGGCAAGGCCGUCAGCAUCUUCAUCGACGUCGACUCCGCCGGCGGCGGCAACCGCUCCGACGAAUGGAUCUACAAGUGAACUAACAUAAUCCUGAAUUCAAGACCAUAUAUGCGUGAAGCAGACUACAUUGCGUACACAUGCUCGUAUAGCCGGACCAAAUGAUUCCUGCGCAGCACAGCAAAUUAUUCUCACGCAGCCUACAUGCUGAAUUAUGAAAUCAAACAAUCGGUUGAUUCAAUCCUUUAAAUGAGCAGUACAAAGGCAACAAACAUAUA